AUGAAAGACAUUGUCAAGAUCACGGCCGACAUCAUUAGCCUGGACGAGAUUGCAAAGGCUGUGGCGGACCCAAAAGCGGGAGCCAUUUCGACCUUCUCUGGCACCACACGCGAUAACUUUGAAGACAAAGAAGUCAAGACCCUAGCCUAUGAAGCCUACAUCCCCAUGGCCGAAAAGUCCAUCCAAUCCCUGAUCACUGCCGCCCGACAGAAAUGGGACGAUCUGAUCCAUGUCGCGAUUGUUCACAAGAUUGGUGAUUGUCCCGUCGGAGAGACGAGUGUCGUUAUUGCGGUCUCGUCAGGUCAUCGUGUCCAGGGACUUGAAGCCGUGCAUUGGUUGAUUGAUGAGUUGAAGGUCCAGGUGCCCAUCUGGAAGAAGGAGGUGUAUACGAAUGGGGGACCUGAUGGGACUGAUGGUGGGGAGAUGUGGAAGGCGAAUAAUACUUUGCCAUAG